AUGCUGUGUAAUAACAAAAUCGGUAAAGCCAAAUCUGCUACUUUCCUUUGCGAGAUCAGCAAGAUUCUCGAAUUCAAUCUCAACAUUGUAAAGUUCCAUGUAAGAGCUCAUGAUUCAGUGACGGCUCCUUUCUUCCCUUUCUCACAUUUCUUCUUCUCUUUUCUCUUCUUAUCUCCAUCAACUCCUUUCUCAGACUUCCUCUUCUUCUUCUUCUUCUCUUUCUCUCAGCUUCUUUCUCUUCCUCUCUCUCUCUUCCCUCUCCCUUCUCUUCCUCUUCCUCCUCCUCCUCUCACCCUCACUCUCCUAACAAUCAGACUGGCUCGGACCGACCUCGUACCUUUGCUUGUCUUGUCCCCGAGCAAAGUGGUUACGCCGUCGCCACCUCCGCCUCCGCUCCGCCCAUUCACGGCCAAGUGA